CCUGCGGCCCCGCCUCUCUCGCGCGAUCGGACGGCGGCCGCGGCGGAAUCAUGGCGGCUGCAGAGGAGGUGGAUGUGGACGUCGAAGGGGAUGCGGCGGCAGUAGCCGCGGCCGGCGGGGCGCUGCGGGGAGACUAUGAAAAUAUAGCUUCUGGCUUAUUGCAAGAUCACUACCUUGAUUCAUCUUGGAGAACAGAUAACGGCCUUCCAUGGACACUGGAUAGCACCAUUAGUGAAGAGAACAGAGCCGUCAUUGAGAAAAUGUUGUUGGAAGAAGAAUAUUACUUAUCUAAUAAAUCGCUUCCAGAAAAAAUAUGGCUUGAUCAAAAGGAAGGUGACAAAAAAUCUGUGAAAAGUCCACAUAAGAAAACAGGAAAAGUCAUGGUUCGCUCACCUACAAAAUCAGCAAGCUGCUCAGUAAAGUGGACAAUAGAAGAAAAAGAGCUAUUUGAACAAGGACUGGCUAAAUUUGGCCGAAGAUGGACAAAAAUUGCCAAGUUGGUUGGAAGUCGCACUGUUUUACAAGUAAAGAGUUAUGCCAGGCAGUACUUUAAGAACAAGGCAAAAACUGAUGACUCUGGAAAAGAGGAACAAAGUCAGUACAGCAGCAAUAGUCUUCCUGUUGAGGAUGAAGGAGAGAAGGUGGUGGCAUGGGCACCUACAAACCUGAGGGGCCGUGCAGACCCUAACCUGAACGCAGUGAAAAUUGAAAAGUUAUCUGAUGAUGAAGAAGUAGACAUCACGGAUGAAAUGGAUGAGUUGCUUUCUCAUGCACCCCCACCGGAACCCGGCAAAUCUAAAUUCACUGAUAUUCCGAAGAGUCCAAUUCAAGAAACCAGAGGAAGAGAACUUACUUUUUGGUCUGCUGAAUACAAUUAUGCAAUUCCCCAGUUUGCAGAAGACCACUUUGAAAAGGCCGAGCAAGGCAAGGUAAAAGCACUAGAGUUUCCAGACAUUGCAGCCACAUGCUCUGAGAAACAGAGCGUGAAUGGUGAUGAAUCUGUGAAAUCAGUUUAUCUGCAAUUUAAUGAAUUUACAGAGAAAAGUGAGCAAGACAGAAAAGGGUCUUUUGAUGACACCAAGCAAUUAGUUGAUCAAGAACUUAAUGAAGAGCACAAGGACUUAGUUAAUAAUGAAAUGCUUUUCCAUCCUUCUUGCCAAUUGGAUGAAGAAAAUCAAGAAGAAGCAGAGGAGCUUAAGCCACCUGAUCAAGAAGUGGAAAUUGAUAGAAAUAUCAUUCUGGGAGAAGAAAAGCAAGCUAUUCCAGAAUUUUUUGAGGGACGUCAGGCCAAAACACCAGAGCGCUAUCUGAAAAUUAGAAAUUACAUUUUGGAUCAGUGGGAGCGAUGUAAACCUAAAUACCUGAAUAAGACUUCAGUACGGCCAGGCCUUAAGAACUGUGGUGAUGUUAACUGUAUUGGACGGAUACACACGUACCUGGAGUUAAUAGGAGCAAUUAACUUUGGCUGUGAACAGGCUGUGUAUAACAGACCACAACCAGCUGAUAAAACACGAUCCAAAGAAGGCAAAGACACCAUAGAAGCAUACCAGCUUGCUCAGCGUUUGCAGUCUAUGCGUACAAGAAGACGGCGUGUGCGAGACCCCUGGGGAAACUGGUGUGAUGCCAAGGAUUUGGAAGGACAGACAUUUGAGCAUCUCUCUGCUGAGGAGCUAGCAAGAAGGAGAGAGGAGGAGAAACUUAAACCUGCAAAACCUUCUAAAGGAUCAAGACAAAUAAAAAGUUCCUUUGAUCCCUUUCAGCUGAUACCUUGCUGUUUCUUCACUGAAGAAAAACGAGAACCAUUUCAGGUGAAAGUGGCUUCAGAAGCACUUUUAAUAAUGGACUUGCAUGCUCAUGUUUCCAUGGCAGAAGUAAUAGGCCUGUUAGGCGGAAGAUACUCUGAAGCUGAUAGAAUUGUUGAAAUUUGUGCAGCAGAACCAUGUAAUAGUCUCAGUACAGGACUACAGUGUGAGAUGGAUCCAGUGUCUCAAACUCAGGCCUCAGAAACCUUGGCUGUUAGAGGGUACAGUGUUAUUGGGUGGUACCACUCUCAUCCUGCAUUUGACCCCAACCCUUCGAUACGAGAUAUUGACACUCAGGCUAAAUACCAGAGUUAUUUCUCCAGAGGUGGGGCAAUGUUCAUUGGAAUGAUCAUCAGUCCUUAUAACCGAAAUAAUCCUCUUCCGUAUUCCCAGAUUACUUGUCUGGUUAUUAGUGAUGAGAUCAGUUCUGAUGGCUCAUACCGCCUGCCUUACCAGUUUGAAGUACAUCAGAUGUUGGAAGAACCUCAGUGGGAAUUAGUGUUUGAAAAAACAAGAUGGAUUAUCGAAAAAUACAGGCUCUCUCAUAGCAGUGUCCCCAUGGAUAAAAUCUUUCACAGGGAUUCUGACCUGACCUGUUUGCAAAAACUUUUGGCGUGUAUGAGGAAGACUCUGGGCAAGGUAACGAACUGCUUCAUUGCUGAAGAAUUCUUGACUCAGAUAGAAAACUUAUUCCUUUCUAGCUACAAAAGUGAGAAGCAGAAUAAUACAGCUGAAGAAAAUAAGAAUGCGUGUGCAAAUGAAUUGCCAAUGUGAUGGCUUUUUCAGUGAUGAAAUUUCAGUUGUAUGGACUACUAUCCAUUGUUCCUCUUUCAAAGUUACUGGCUCAGAUGACAGUAAUAGGGACAUAAUCCAGUAUCUCAGAUAGUGUAAUGGUUCUAAAAGACAUUUAGAAAAGCUCUAACAAAUGUUUUCUGAUUACAUGUGAAAUUUGUGUUUUUUACAUGCUGAAAAAUUAUUGAAUAGUAUCACAAACUUUGGGUUAUCAUUUGGCCAGCAACCUACCAUUGGGAAGGACAAGCUGAAAUAUAGCACUGUUUCUGUGCCUAAAGGAGAGGGUCCCUCCUCUAAGUCUUUGAAUAUGGAAUUUUGGCCUUUCUGUCCUCAGAUACACAUUGUAUUGAGAGUUAGAUGUGUACAUCAGAGGGAAGAAUUUGUCCCGUAGUGCAUUGUGUUGUCUAAAUUUGCAUAAUUCUGCAGAUGAGAUUUAUAACACUCUAUCACUGCAAAGAUUAUAGUAUAUCUGAUACUAAUUUUCCUGGUAUCUACUCUAAACUUGUACUUUGCCUGAUUUAAUCCACUCUGCUAUUCCUUUCUGAGCCACUACAGACAAUUUUUUUCUGGCAUACUCUUCCCCAUCUUCCAUAAUACAUGGAAAUAAGGCUAGCAGGACAUAAUUAUUUGUCACUUCUUGUUGCCACAGUUUCCAAUGGAAACAAUAAGUUCUGAUUAUUACACAUUGUAAUCUUUCCAAUCUUCCAUAUUACAGAGACACAAUGCUAUCUUGUUCUAUCAGACCAUCAUUAUUUGUCAUUUCCUGGUUAUCACAGGUUAAUGCCAUAUGGCAAAAUCUAGCACUGUAUGGUGGCAGCCAAAAAAAUGUUUGUCUUAGCUGCACAGCAAGAAAGAAAAUGAAGUGCACAUGUGUUAUAAUCACUUCCCUUCUCUUUACAAUAGCAAUUUAACAAGUAACUACACUGUUCAUAUCAGCUUCUGAUACAAUUAUACAUUGAUACAAUUAUAUAUUCAGAUAAAUUAGUGCCAGGUAAGCAGAUUGAUUUGUAAUUGAACCUCAAGAGAAAUACUGUUCUCAGAAAUCGUAACUUCCAAACAUUUUAUCAGCUGUAUCACGGUGUGUAAAUUUUUGUAGAAGAAUAUCAGUGGUGGAUUCCUUCCUGAAUCAUGGGCAGACUGGUGAUGAGUGUACACUUAAUACUGUAUGUGAAGAGUAUCUUGGCCAAAAUGUCUGAGGUAUUUGAAAACAGAGAGUAACCAAGAACUUAGAUUAUCCUUGUGGUUUUGGGAUCUAAUCAUACUAUAAAAUGUACAUUUUAAUUUUAUAUCUGGCCCUGUAUAACAAAAAUGCAAUUUAAAAUAUUUCAGAUUUACAUCUUAACUUCAUCUUGCUCUGUGCACUUAGGGGGAAAAAAGCUAUGUGAAGUAUUAAAAGUGAGGAUUGCAAAACUUUAAUAUUGUGGGAUCACAUCCCAAGUAGAUACCUGUUUCCAAGAAGGUAAAAUCAGCUGUUAUUGAGCUUUCUAAAAUGGAGUUUAGUCCCUUUUCAUUUCAAAGUGGAUGAUGCUGAACCUAAUUUUAGAAAAAACGUGGACAUACAUAACUAGAGACUUUUUCCAGGCUGUGUUCAAGACCUAUUGUCUUAAUAAUAUUAGAGAACCUUCUGCACUGUGUAAAUCUGCAGAUAAGAGGCUUUGGAUUCUAGUGUGAUGUGUAUAGUCCAUCAGUUUAAAAGAAGUGCAAUCCUUAUAUAUAUACACACACACAUUGAUACAAUCUGUGGACCUUUUAUUUCCCCUAGAUUGCAUGUAAUGUGAAAUGCCAUCUCUCUCCUCUUUCCUAAAUGAAAGUAUUGCAUGGCUCUCAGUAUUUCUAGCUGUAGACUACACAUUUUGCUCACAAAACAGAUUUCCCAUCUCCCUCAGUUUAAAUUUUGGAGUAUUCCUUUAUCAAGUAUUGUUUCAGUUUUCAGUGGUUUUAUACGUUACUCUAUUAAAAAAAAGUCACAUUGUAUAUAUCUGUACUAAAAUAUGUUGUAAAUAGUUAUUUGUAGAAACAAAAUCAUUUGUCAAAAGACUUGAACCUCAAGUAUAACUGCAGUAUGUGGUAGAUGUGGUGUCUUUGUUCUGGGUGUUAUUUUUUGAGUCAUUAAAAAAAAUACAGUGAGGCAGUAUUCCUAAAAUAAUGGAAACUAAAUUUCUGGCUGCUGUGCCCUCUUUUUAAUGAUUAAAGUGAGCGAAAACAUUAAUAAUGAUGUGCAAUUGAUUUUAAAGAGUCAUAUAUACCGUAUCAGCUAAGAUGUUUUUGGGUACAGGAUGUUUUAAAUUGUGGAAUCUGAGUCACUCUGACUUGCACAUCAACACUCUGAUCCUGCAAUCCCAUUCUCGUGAGUGGACUCCUGUGCCUGCCCAGAGACCUGUUGACUCAGUUUACAAGUAGAAUUAGGGUCCAAAUUUGCUCAAUGUACUUGUAGAAAAAAUGGUUGUAACUGCUAUUGCUGCAAACUUAAUCCUGGAUCUAAAAUCCAAGCUGUGUUCUUUCUGGUUCAUGCGUCAUAGCAAGUAAUAAAUGUAUUUUGUUUCACCAGCA